ACGAAUCGGAACGCAGCAGAGACCGCCUGGUCUGGCGCGCGUUAAUUUGAAUGCGCUCCUGGGACCACUGCGGGACUGAGGAGAGGUCUCCGGACCUGGGUGCGGGGCACCACUGCGAGGGUAGAGGCUGGAGGAGAGCCGGGCGCUCUGUGGAACACCGGGGAAUUCAAUUAAGAUGGCAACUAUUACUCCAAGGAAGAGGAAUCGGCCUUCUGUGAACUGUGACAGCUUAUUAUCUUCAUCAAAGAAGUUAAUUAUGGACUUUACAGAAAAUCUGUUGCCAUCACCUAGUAAAAAGUAUAAUUGUCAAAACAGUGAUGAAAGUGAAGAAAAGCUAUAUUUUUCUCAAAAAGGCCAUUUCAUUUCAAGUCCACUCAAGACAAUUAAAAAAAACAGAUUGCCAUCUGCAAGUCAUAGCUCACCAUUUAAAUCUGCUGUACCCACUGUAUCUUUUUACAAUAAAGACAAUAAAGAUAAGUGGUAUCUUAAUCCACUGGAGAGAAAGCUGGUAAGAGAGACUAGAUCCACUUACCUAAAAACUAAUAAUGAAGAUAAAUCUUUUCCCAGAAUGACAGAAAAAAUACAGGGAAGACCAAGCUGCACCAAGAAGAAGAAUAAGAAAACACAGAAGAGUUUAACUGCUAAGUAUCAACCAAGUUAUAAGCACAUCAAGCCUAUAUCAAGAAAUGCUAAGCAUUCCAAGCAAAAUCGGAUGUCCUAUAAGCCAGUUGUGGAAAAAGAGAAUAAUUGUUAUUUAGCUGAAAAUAAUCCAAAUACUCCUAGGGUUCUAAGCCAAAAAAUAAAACCACAAGUUACACUCCAGGGUGGAGCAGCAUUUUUUGUUAGUAGAAAAAAACUUUCUCUUAGAAAAUUGCCUCUGGAAAAUAAGCCAUCACUGGAACUCACCCCUAAAAAUAAACCAGGAGUGAUUAAAAAGUCUGAGAUAGAGACUGUAUGUGAAAGAAAAACUUUUGUGAAAAGUCAAGUGCCAAAGUGCUUGUUGAUAGAAAAGAAAUUGAAUGUGGAGCUGAGUGCAAAAAGUAAAGAUGAAGAGGAAUUAAUAAAGGAUUCAUUAGGUGAAGUAGUUUCUUCAAAGGAAUAUAAACUUGAUGAAAAUAAGCAUUUUUCACCAGAAGAUUCUCUUGGUGAGAACAAGACAGUUUCUCUGGAGUCCAAUGUUUAUCCCAUCUUCAGUGCGUCUUCAGUCAAUACAAAAAGAUCUCUCGUUGAAGAACAGUCUUCUGUGGGAUCCAUCAGCUGUACUGAUUUCUUGAAACAGACCAACAUACAGAAAAAUCUGAAUAUCAGAGAUGCAAAUAAAGAAACAAAUGCCCAGCUCAUCAUUGAUGCAGGUCAGAAACAUUUUGGUGCUACUAUUUGUAAAUCUUGUGGCAUGAUCUAUACUGCUUCCAACCCAGAAGAUGAAAUGCAGCAUGUCCAGUAUCACCACAGAUUUCUGGAGGGAAUCAAAUAUACAGGCUGGAAAAAAGAACGGGUAGUAGCAGAGUUUUGGGAUGGGAAGAUUGUAUUGGUCCUGCCACGUGAUCCAGCUUAUGCUCUCAGAAAGGUAGAAGAUGUCCAAGAACUUGCUGAUCAUGAAUUGGGCUUCCAGCAAGUUGUUCCCAAGUGUCCCAACAAAACCAAAACUUUCCUCUUUGUAUCUGAUGAAAAGAAAGUCGUUGGGUGUUUAGUUGCCGAGCCCAUCAAACAGGCCUUCCGUCUCUUGUCUGAACCAAGUGGCCCAGAAUCCUCAAACUCUAAAGAAUCUCCCAGAGCUUGGCAAUGUUCAAAUGUGCCUGAACCUGCAGUCUGUGGGAUAAGUAGAAUCUGGGUUUUCAGACUGCAGAGAAGAAAGCGCAUUGCAAGACGUCUGGUGGAUACUGUCAGGAAUUGCUUCAUGUUUGGCUGUUUUCUCAGCACCAAUGAAAUAGCAUUUUCUGACCCAACACCAGAUGGCAAGUUAUUUGCAACCAAGUACUGCAACACCCCUAAUUUCCUUGUGUACAAUUUUAAUAGUUAAGGCCAACUAUAAAAGCAGUUACUACAUGGAUAAAUUCACAUAGCUUCUUAUAAUAUAAAUUAAUAUGAAAGUAAGAAAUGCCCAGACACACACACACACACACACACACACACCAUAGUUUUGUUUCUUAUGUGUUGAAAAUUCAGGGAUAAAUUUGGCAAAAAUUAUCUGGGAAUUUAAAGAAAGGAAAAAUCUUUGGAUAAUAUACUUAGCACUCUGAGUUUUUAAUUAUGAAACUUUAUAACUGGACCCCAUAAGAAUAUUGACCACCUUAUUUUGGUGGUUUUCUGCAGAUGUGGGGCCAGUUAUCUUUUAUAAAGCAGUACUCUUGGGGCUGGGGAUGUGGCUCAAGUGGUAGCAUGCUCGCCUGGCGUGCGUGUGGUCCGUGUUGGAUCCUUAGCACCACAUACAAACAAAGAUGUUGUGUCCGCCGAGAACUAAAAAAUAAAUAUUUAAAAAAAAUAAAAAAUAAAGCAGUACUUUUUUAGUCCAGGAUUAUAUCAUACUACAUCAGAAGGAAGGAGGCAAAUCUAAAUCCAGGCAAGUAAUUUACAUACCCAAUUUUUAAAGGUGGAAUUUCUGACUUCUCCUCAGAAUUCUCACUUUACAAGCAUUUAUCUGUAGCAACUCAUCUAAAUAGAGCAUUUUUAAUUUCUUGUUAGAAAAGAUGGUAAGGAAUGAGUAAGAUAUCCUGUACUCAUUUAUGUAGAACAUAAUUCUAUAUCUUAAUGUUUUAAUCUUUUUGAAAAUCAAAUGCACAUUUUUCAUCACACUGAAUCAAAAUUAUACUUAGUGACUACACUAUUGUAAUUUUUGUUGAAUAAAAAUGCAGGUACUGCCAUACUGCCAGGCGCGGUGGUGAAUGCCAACAACCUCAGCAGCUCGGGAGGCUGAGCCAGAGGAUUGCAAGUUCGAGACCAGGCUCAACAAUUUAGUGAGUCCCUAAGCAACUUAGUGAGAUCCUGUCUCAAAUAAAAAAAGGUUGGGGAUGUUGUUCAUUGGUUAAGCACCUCUGGAUUCAAUCCCUGGUACCAAAAGAAAGAAAAUGCGGGUACUGCUACUUAACUUUAGGGAACUUGUUUCUGGUAAUUGAAGUUAUUAACAUAGUGGAUCCUAGUUGGAUUAGAUGAUUAUUUUGGUUUCACUUUUUUUGUUUAUUUUUUGUUUGUUUCACUUGUUCUCACUCAGAUAUCUGGCAAAAGCCUCUUCAAAAUUUGUGGUAACAGAAUCAAGGUUUAUAAAUAUAUCUGAGCUGGUGGACCAGAGAACAUGUCAAUGUUAUGAAAAUACCACACACUUAAAUGUACACACUUUUUUUUUUUUUUGUGGGGGAGGGGUUACUGACCACUGAGCCACAUCCCCAGAUCUAUUUUGUAUCUUAUUCAGAGACAGGGUCUCACUUUUGCUGAGGCUGGCUUUGAAUUUGCCAUCCUCCUGCCUCAACCUCCAGAGCUGCUGGAGAUUGCAGGUGUGUGCCACUACCCAGCAUGUGCACACAUUUUUGUAGUAUUAUUCUUGAAUACAUAAGUGAAAAGCAAAAAACUAUUCAGAUUGUUUUGAUUCUUAAAAAUCAUUGAACUGGUAUCUGACCAUAAGAAUUUGAGGAAGUACUUUCCCAAUUUGUGUAAAACCUGUUAAUCUAUAAUUUUUAUUUGCCUGUAAGUUAACAUGGUUCAAAUUCUAAAACCUGGGUUCCAAAAGGAAUGUGAAAGUGUUAAAAUGUGUGUAAUUACAAAAACAUUUUAAUGCUAUUUUCUGCACUGCUGAUUUUUUUUAAAUUAAUAUUUUAUUUAAAAAUUUUUAUUAACAUUAUUUUAUUUGCUCAAUGCUUUUUUUACCCCCCUUCCUUUUGCUGGUGCUGGGGAUUGAACCCAGGGCUUUGUACAUGCUAGGCAAGCACUCUAUCAACUUAGCUAUAUCCCCAGCCCUGCUGCUUGUGUGAUGAAUCUGAUUAAAAUUCUUAACAUUCCAUUUGUUCUAUCAUUCAAUUGAAUGCUUUGAUAAAUUGUUUAUUAGUAUAAGAACAGUAGAUGCUCUUUGGGAAAAAAAUGAUUAGAUGAUAUGGAAAUAGAUAUAACCCUAAAAAGCAGCUUCUCUAUAAUUCUUUGGGUAUAAGUAAAAAUAUUACUUCAGGUUAAUUAAAUACAUACACAGUUCUUUUGCAACUCCAUUCACUUGGGUAUGUCUUAGACUUGUAUUUCAAGGAUUCAUUUCUACUUUUAAUGCAUGUCAUAAUUUUCUGUUGAUAAUUUUUGCUGGUUUUGUAGUUUUUUAAAAAAUAUUUUUAAAGUAUUAAUAGGAGAAGCAAGUACAAAGUACACUGAAAGGGCCUCAUAGCAAUGAGACCCCAACAGCAGUGAGCACUUCUAGCAUCCAGAUCUUGGUUUCUCUAUAAAGAAGAACAAGAGGUCCUUGGAGAAAUGGUUCAUUCUAGAGUUGGGGCAACGAAUGUACGAGAUGAGCCUAGAAUGUACAAGAUGAGGUAUGCUAUAGAAUACCUGACCAGUGUGCCUUAAAACUGUCAAAGUGAUUAAGAACAGUCUGAGAAACUAUCAUAGCCAGGGGGUCAUGACUCCUAAAUGUAAUGGGAUAUCCCAAAUGGGAUGCUGAAAUGGAAAAAGUUCAAUAAGUGAAAAUAAAUAAAUCUUAGUAACAAUGUGGAUUUUA